CUCGGGACCUUCUACACUCCCGGCUUUCUGCGAGAAAAUCUACAAAUAGAGGUAGUCGUGCCGAGGAUGUGGAAUCAAGUUCAAACAGUUUGCUGCGCAGAAGCUCUGGCCCUAUCAAUGAGGAUGGACGCGACACCAAUUUCCCAUUUUUCAGGCAAGUUACUCCACCAGAGGAGGCUGUGGUCGUAAAAUACGCUGGGAAAGUUCAUGCUCAAGAUGUACUUCUCUA